CCUGCCGCACUCUUCCCACCUAUCGUCCUCGCAUCGUACUCUCGUCUCUUUGCACAACAUGUCGACACAACCAGUCAAGUAUGAUCCAAAGAAUAUGAUCUUCCGCAGACUGGGAUCCAGUGGUCUCCGUGUGCCUGUCUUCUCAUUCGGUGGAUGGCUUACCGUCGGUGCAACUGUCAAGGGCGAUCCUGUGAAGGAAAUCAUGAAGACAGCUUUCGAAAACGGUAUCAACAUGUUUGAUACCGCUGAAGGCUACGCUAAGGGUGAAUGCGAAGUUGAGAUGGGACGUGUGAUCAAGGAGCUGGGCUGGAGGAGGACAGACCUGAUUAUCUCCACCAAGCUGUUCUGGGGACCUCAUGGCUCUCCCAAUGACAUCGGCCUGUCUCGCAAGCACAUCAUCGAGGGGGCGAAAGAAGCUCUUGAACGCCUCCAGCUCGAUUAUGUUGAUAUUAUCUUUGCACACCGUCCCGACAAUACCGUCCCAAUGGAAGAAGUUGUCCGUGCCUUCAACUACGUAAUCGAGAAAGGCUGGGCUUUCUACUGGGCUACUUCCGAGUGGUCCGCUUACGAGAUUGAAGAAGCACAUCAUGUCGCCGACAAGCUCGGUCUUAUUGCUCCCAUUGCAGAACAAUGCCAGCACCAUAUGCUGCAUCGUGAACGGCCCGAGAAAGAAUAUGCUCCCUUGUACAAGAAGUAUGAUCUAGGCACAACAGUCUGGUCAGCGCUUGCCAGCGGUCUUCUUACGGGCAAGUACAACAACGGCAUUCCACCAGAUUCCCGCUUCGCUACAAACAAAGACUUCUUCAAGGAUACCCUUGACAUCCUUACCAAGGAUGAGGGCCUGAAGAAAAUCGAGAAAGUCAAGCAGCUCACUGAGUUCGCUGAGAAGGAACUCGGCUGCUCUGUCACUCAUCUCGCUCUUGCCUGGGUCGCGAAACAACCAGGGACGAGCACUGUCAUCCUUGGUGCCACCAAACCCGAGCAGGUCAUCGAUAACUUGAAGGCUCUUGACGUGAUUCCCAAGUUGACGGAAGAGGUGCUGGAAAAGAUCGAGAAAAUUCUUGACAACAAGCCUUCACCUGUUGUGAGUGUAUUCAGGCAACUCAUCAUGGAUAUUACUUGUUGUUUACCCGAAGCUUUAGGCUACAUGGGGUCGACCUGCGCUUGACAAGAACGGCAGGUCGCCAUUCUAACUUAGUGUUUGCGUAGAGUGUGCGGGACCAUGUGUAUUAUAAGACAACAGAAAUGAUGUAUUUCGCUAGAGCAAUGCUGCAGCUUUGCAAUAUUUGCCAUUGCCAAUGUAGUAUGUACCACCUUUUUGAGUUGGUAUUGGGUUAGGGUCAGCGCUCAAUAGGCGACACGUCGCGAGCCUACACCGCGACUUGAUUCCACAUAUCACUAUCCUUCGCUUCUCUACUGUAACAUUGGCCUUUUCGUUUGG